GAAGGCGGUUCCCGUAUGGUCACCUUUCGCCAUGAUUCCAGAGGGUCAUUCGUACGCUGUGUAUGGAUUUUCCGAAAACCUCGACUGGAGCACAUUGAACUUCGUGAAACCCGUCGACGACAUCAGAGUGUGCAGUGCUUGCGGAGUAGUUGGUAGGAAGACCGCUUUCAUGCCAUGUCGCCAUGUUUUGUGCGAGCCUUGCUACGAGCAUUGGAAGUCAAUAGGCAGCCAUGUCUGUUUCCUCGACGGAGAGAUGUGUCCAGAAAACGAAGUCCAUUGGAUGGAGUUUCCAGCGGAGAAGAUGAUGAGGUGUGAGGUCAGCUGCUGGAACAGAGGAAACGGCUGCGAGACCAUCAUUGAUGUUUCAAGCAUAGCAGAUCACUUUCACCGAGACUGCGCCUACCACUGCACGUGUUGCCCAAACUGUUCGUCGACGGUUCUUCGGAGAGACAUCAUCGCGGACCUUGAAUCAAACUGCACCAACUACGUCUUGAACAGAAUGUCGAGAACGCUCCCAUGUGAGGAUGUUUCAAAGGAUGCGCAAUGGCUUCGAGAAGAUCUCCAUGCCUUAGAGUCGACAUUCCGAAACGCCAGCCAGAAUGAUGCGUCAUUGCUUUCAAGUCUUCAGGGAAUCGCAGCAAAAAACAGAGGCAAUCAGAUCCCCAUUGCGACGAUGGCAGACGAAGUAGAGCUGCUGUCACAGGUGAUGAGGCAGACACAGAGUGAGGUGGAAAGAAGCAGCGAAAGACGCGUUAACCAAAGCGUGGAGUUGAGGAACUUCAGAGAGUGGCUCUGCGCGGAGUUAGACGAAAUCGAAAGGGCCGCCAUUGAGGAAUGGUCCUGCGAAAGAGUGACCCUCCACGAAAAUAAGGAAUGUGAGGAACAUGUCGACGGCUUGGAAUGGCUGCAGAGGGAAGUGCAAAGCCUUUCAAACAAGCUAGAGGAAGUGAAGAACAAGACCUCCCACGAAGCAGGCUUAAGAAAAAGAGCAGCCGAAGACACGUUUAUGGAGGUCCUAAGCACAGCCGUGCUCACUUGCGAUGUAUACUGCCUAAACAAAAGGAUAGAAGUAAAAGGGUUCGCCCAUGUCAUUGAAAAUGCACUGAAGGUUCCCGUCUUGAUCUUUUGGUGCGUGCACAACUGGUCAAAGGUCGCAGACGUAAUGAACUCGAACAGGUUCCGUCAAUUGUCUACGAGUUUCCACGUUCACCGUAGAUAUCGGAUCUGCCUUACCCUUGCUUGUGAUCUUUACAAAGGGGGAUUUCACUUUAUCGGUCAUGUAUCGAAAAGUAUAGAUGCUACUGUCGAAGGGCCACCCAAAAACAUGAAAGUGGUUAUCCUAAAUCGAGGGAGAAGAGGCGUGGAAUACGAGCUUGACCGUACUACUGCUGAGCGUACAUUUCUCACCAAGCCUUUUGGCUUUGAAGAUCUUCAAGACGGGCGAAGUAUUCAGGACGACAAGCUAGAAGUGUGCUUCAAAUUUUCCUACUAAAUCCCGAGUUGUUAUAAAGGUCCCCUUACUUAUCUUUAUGCAUCUAUGUAGCUCACGAAAUCGUUCUGCCAAGGCUGCUGAAGGUGUAACUGAAAUCGUUUAAACAAUGAAGCAACUUUUUCAUAAACCAAAUGUACGAACCAUGUCCACUUUCUGCUCUCGUGAAUGUUGUAGAAUGCACUACGCAGUUUGUAAAAGCAUAACGGGUUGGAGUGAGAUGGCAUCGAACAUAUUCGCCUGCACUGAAGCGUCGUCGCCAAUUUUGUGCGUAGACAAGUGUGACUAUUCAUCUGCGUUCCAUUCAAUCACGCUAUGUUGUAAUGAACUUCGUCGAUCUUACUAAUAUCUCUCUUUUUCGUGUUGUUUCAUGCAAUCCAUACGCACAAAAGCAUACAGCCAUCGCCAAGAGA